UUUUUGUUUUUCUUUAAUUUAGAUUAGUUUUCUAUUCUUUUUUUUUUUUUGAGAGUUUAUAUUCUAUCUUUUUGUUUCUCUUGUUUGUUUGUUGCUGUUUAUUUCUAUCUCUUUUUCUGUGUUAAUUGUUAUCCGUUAUCCCUGAGAGAAUUUGGGAAAAAAUUGAUUUUCUAGUCAACAAUCAAAAUCUUUUCUCCAUCAUUGUGAUUACCAUGAAGUCCAGUUUAUAUAGACCAUGUAAUUGUUCACGUCCACACCUCACAAAGGAGCAUAUAUUUGCCAGAAUAAACUUUACCAGUGAUGGACAAGGUACAAAGUGUUUCUAUACGAUGGUCAAUCCAUAUUAUAAACCAGUUCCCAAAAAGGGUAGACCAAAGAAACAACAAGAGCAACAAGGUGAAAGGUUAAAGGCAAAUCGUGAACCACAAUCAAUACUUAGAUGGACACCUAAAUUACCAGGAAUCAACAAGAAUGACCAAUCAAGUGAAAAGCGGGUUAUUAGAAAGCCUUUACAGACAACAAUUAACACUUCAAAUGGGUCAUUUGUUACUCCAUUAACACCAAAUUCGGUCUCAUCAUCACCGAAGGUUAAAAGUAAAUAUGAUAUUUGGUAUUCGAUCAAAAAUACAUUUCAAGAUUUUCGUAAAUUGAACAGCAAUGGUAUCAGUCCACCAAUCGGUAACAAGGAUUCAUUGAAAGAGAUUCAUAAACCAUUCAGGGAUAAAAUUGACCAAUCUACUGGAGAGAUUAAGAAAAAGGGUAAAGUGACCAAUCCAUUAAAAGAAAUUCCCUUUAUUGAACCACCAGGAUCGAUUAACGGUGUUACCAUUUUCUCUAUGAAAAAUCCGUUCGCCAAUAAGACGAAAGUAAAUACUCCUGUCGAUGAACUAACUCUCCUUUAUUACAAUACCAUUGACACGAUUGAAGAAGCAAAUAAACUUCUACUGGACGCAAAUUCAUCUAUUGACCAUCUGAUUACAUCAUCACUUUCACCAUUGACUCCAUUGACUCCAUUGACACCCAUAUCACCAACAUCAUUACCAACAUCACCAACAUCACCAAUGUCAACAACAUCACCAAUUCCCAUGGAAAAUGAUUCAAUACCGAUAACAAUUAAACAUGACGAUGAGAAAAAGAUCAAGGUGAAGAUUGAAGGAGGUGAUACCGUUAUUUUCGAGGAGAUCAACAAUUAUCAUGUAAAUGAAGAUUUAAAUGAAAAUCUUUUCGCUAACAAUUUAUCACCAAUCACAACAACUAUUUUUGACGAUAUUUGUAUUACAGAUUUCAAUGAACAUGACUUUGACCAAUUGAUUUCCAAUUUACCGGACAUUGUGUAAUAAAAUUUGUUUAAUUAUGAUUUAGAUAAACUAUUUACAUUUCGAUGAGUAUUACUCUUAA